UAAUAAAGCUCGUGAAAAUACUAUACCAGAUACCCCUAAAGAUUAUGAAAUACUUUAUAAAAAAUGUUGGGAUCAAGAACCUGAGCAAAGACCAACUAUUACAGAAAUAAUGGAAGAUUUCUCGAAGACGAGUUUUAUAAAUAUACCGAUUAAAAAUAACAGAAAUUUGUUUGAAUUGAUCAAUAAUAAGUUAAAUAAUAAAAUUAAAGUCAUACACUUUGACGAGUUAGUUGAUUUAAAACAACUUGAUGAAGGUGGUUUUGGAAUUAUCAUGAAAGCUACUUGGUCAAAAACAAAUAAUUAUACU